AAGCAUUUGCGACAAAACAAUACUAUAAUUGAAAGCCUGUGAUAUAUUUUAUUUAAUAAUGGGAGAAGCAGAGGGUUCAGAUUCAGAAUGAGACGUGUAUAAUUUGAUUUAUACAAUCAAUGUGUUUCUAGUAGCAUUAGGAGAAAGGUAGAAGAAGGCAGUAACAGUAGCUGAUCAAUGGAGAGGGAGGUAGAGCUUUGUCCACUUCAACCCAAAAUGGCUUCCCACAUUACUUCUCAUCCCCAAAGCUGUGCUAAGGGUGGCCUCCUUACCAUGCCUUUCAUCAUAGCAAAUGAAGCACUUGCUAGGGUGGCAACUUUGGGGCUUCUGCCCAAUAUGAUACUGUACUUGAUGGGGAACUACAAUCUUCAUCUACCCAAAGCUACCAAGAUACUGCUCUUAUCUGUUGCAACUACCAAUUUCAUGCCUCUCCCUGGUGCCUUCAUUGCUGAUUCUUAUUUGGGUCGCUUCCUUGCUGUUGCUUUAGGUUCCUUCAUCACUUUCCUGGGAAUGGCACUCUUGUGGCUAACAGCCAUGAUCCCACAGGCACGGCCUCCUCCUUGCAAUUCUGAAACUGAAAGAUGUGAAUCAGCAACAGCUGGGCAAAUGGCAAUGUUAAUCUCUUCCCUUGCUCUCAUGUCCAUUGGAAAUGGUGGCCUUUCAUGUUCCCUGGCAUUUGGUGCAGACCAGGUGAAUAGGAAAGAUAACCCCAAUAAUCAAAGGACCUUGGAGAUAUUCUUCAGCUGGUACUAUGCUUCCUCUGCCAUAUCAGUCAUAAUUGCCUUCACCGGAAUAGUAUAUAUUCAAGAUCAUCUUGGAUGGAAAUUGGGUUUUGGAGUUCCUGCAGCUCUUAUGUUCUUUUCCACUUUUUUCUUCCUUCUGGCUUCUCCGCUUUAUGUAAAGAAUAAAACACACAGCAGCUUGCUCACUGGAUUUGCUCGUGUGAUUGUUGUAGCCUAUAAGAACAGGAAACUUACAUUACCACAUAAGAUCUCGGAUGGAAUGUAUCAUCAUAACAAAGACUCUGAUCUAGUUGUUCCAAAUGAUAAACUAAGGUUUCUGAAUAAAGCUUGCUUCAUUAAGGACCCAGAAAAGGAGAUAGCCUCUGAUGGUUCAGCCUCAAAUCCAUGGAGUCUCUGCACAGUUGAUCAAGUAGAAGAACUAAAAGCUAUUGUUAAAGUUAUUCCCCUGUGGUCUACAGGGAUCAUGAUGUUUCUUAACAUUGGAGGCUCCUUUGGAUUGCUUCAAGCUAAAUCCCUUAACAGACAUAUUACUCCAAAUUUCGAAGUUCCAGCAGGUUCUUUAAGUGUGAUCAUGAUAUUUACAAUAUUUAUAUGGAUAGCUCUUUAUGACCGUGUCAUUAUUCCUCUAGCCUCAAAGCUCAGAGGCAAACCAGUUAGGAUCAGUGCCAAGAGAAGAAUGGGACUUGGGUUGUUUUUCUCUUUUCUCCACUUGGUAACUGCAGCAAUUGUUGAGACUACAAGGCGAAGGAGAGCAAUUAGUGAGGGCCAUAUUAAUGACACACAUGCUGUGUUGAAUAUGUCUGCAAUGUGGCUUUUUCCUCAGCUUUGCUUGGGUGGCAUAGCUGAAGCAUUCAAUGCAAUAGGCCAAAAUGAGUUCUAUUAUACCGAGUUUCCAAAGACUAUGUCAAGCAUUGCUUCUUCCCUUUUUGGACUGGGAAUGGCAUUUGGGUAUGUGUUGUCUUCUUUGGUAUUCAGUUUUGUGGAAAAGGUUAGUUCAAGAGGGGGAAAAGAUGGAUGGGUUUCAGAUAACAUUAACAAGGGUCGUUUUGACAAGUACUAUUGGCUUCUUGCCACACUCAGUGUUGUUAAUAUACUGUAUUAUCUAGUAUGCAGCUGGGCUUAUGGACCUACUGUUGAUCAGGAAUCAAAGGUAACUGAAGAAAAUGGUUCGAAUGAGGAAGAAUUACCAUUAAUUGAAUCGAGGAUUAGGGUUGUUCAUAGAUCAGAUGUUUCAAAAAUCCAAACUGAACCGAAGGGAUCUAUUUUAUAAAAAUGGUUCAAUUAACUAAACCGGUUUUUAUAAAGUGAUUUAGUUUGAAUUUUCUAAAAAUAGAUCUUUUUUAUUUUAAUUUGGAUUGGUUCGGUGUAAUUUGCUUAUUCACUAUAUACUCAUGGUUUGAUUUUUUAAUGAAAUCAAAUUAAACCGAAUCAAUCCACUUGGUUAAUCAAAUUAUUUUUAUAAAACAGAUUGGUUUAGUUUUUUUUUUCCCCUCAAAACAGAUUGAUUUUUAUUAUCUGGAUUUAGAUCGGUUCCAUUUGGAUUUUUUUGCACAUCCCAGUCUAGUACUAAGGGUCUGAUUGAUACGGUAUCAUAGGUAAGUGAAGAAAUUUUAAGAACUUCAUCACAUAAACUGUGGGUGAUUGAGAUGAGUUUGUGUUUCCAAUAAAUAAGAAUGUUAUUUCCUCUGAAUUCUCAGUCAGGGUUCACCAAAGACAAACAAAAGGUUCUUGUGUAGGAGCCGCAUCCUUUAUUCCUUGUGGCUCAUCCAUACAGUAUUAUUUUGGUGAUAACUGAAAUAGAUGAACCAUGUUCCAUUGGUUUCUUUCUGUUAUACUUAAGUGUUCGGCAACUGAAACCGCCAGCUGAUUUUUGUACUAGACUAAACGAAAUAAGGAUUGCAAAGGACAUCUCUCAAAUGCAUGUUGACUUACCGA